AUGAUAGCCUCGAACUAUAUAUCUAUACCAUUCAGACUUAAUUGGAACUACAAGAUCAAGACGAAUUUAACUGUAGUCAUCGCGGUUCUACAAACUGUGCUUGGUGCCCUGGUGAUCUGCGUGAUUUUGAUUAGCUACUGCAUCAACCAGAAGUCCUUGGUGCGGAUCACUAAUCGAUUAAUCACCAUUGAACACGAGAUAGAUCGUAUGUAUGAUCUAUAUCAUCCGCUACGACGACAAGGUAUCUUCUGCACUAUGAUCAUCGUUUGCAUCUUGAAGAUUUGCCUUCUGAUAUUUCUCCUGUUCACUGAGAUCCUGACUGGUCAUACAAACCCAAUCUCAUGGCUGACAGACGUUCUGCCGACAUUUCACGUGGGUUGGCUACUGAUACAUUACUUUCUGUUGGUGACGGUCAUUGAAGCAGAUUUUGUUGAUGUAAAUCGAGCGAUACAAAACCUUACCAGGAUAUAUACACCUGAUUUUGAACUGCAGUCUCUCUAUCAAACGCGUCGUAUCGUAAUCAACAAUUCGGCCGUUCAUCAACUGUUGCAACUGCGAGAUGUGCAUUAUCAUCUCUGUGAAAUCUCUGAGGAUGUGUCGAGUUUCUAUUCACUACCAGUGCUAUUCGGAAUCGUUUUUCUCUUUCUAACACUCGUAUAUAAUGGUUACUAUCUUCUCUCGUUUCUGUUGAUGACUGAUGAUAUCUUAAAAUAUUCUUAUAGUAUUAUUGAUGUCAUCAUCUGGAUAAUAUUUCUGAUUUAUCCCAUCUUUCUUCUCACCAAUAGAAUUACGAGAAUUUUAAUCGAGGUAAGAUAA